AUGUCAAACGAAGCAGAACCGACACUAGCCGCUAGCACGACAAUAACGGCAGCGACUGACAUCGAUAAACCAUCAUCUCUCUCUAAAAACCAGCAGCGUAAACAGAAACGGUAUGAAUUGAUGCUCGAACGACGUAAAUCUAAACGAAAGGAAGAAAAAGCUAAACAGAAGCAACGUCGUCUGGAAAAAUUAAAGAAUGCUCCUGAACAAUCCUUGAUCACUCGUCACAGUCUCAAAAACAAUCGGAUGGAAAAUUCUUCGUGCCGCAUUCGAAUCUGUAUUGAUUGUCGAUACGAUUCCUUGAUGAGUGAUAAAGAUGUUGGUAGUCUGCAAAAACAAAUCUCCUUUAGUUAUUCAUCCAAUCGUCGUCUGUCAGCGCCAUGUCAAUUCUAUCUGACGAAUGUCGACGGUCAAUUAGAAAGACGUCUUACAGCAAAUAGUGUCAAAAAUUGGGACAUACAUAUGCGAAAUGAACCCAUCGAACAAGUCUUUCCACACGAGGACAUACUCUAUUUAACAAGCGAAUCAGAAAAUGUAUUAAGUAGUACUGAACCACUCGAUGAACGGACAGUAUAUGUGAUUGGUGGUAUUGUGGAUCACAAUUCAAGAAAAGGUCUCUGUUAUCAAUUAGCACUGGCAAACAAAUGGCGACAUGCGCGUUUACCAAUCGAUGAAUUUAUCAAAAUGAAUACACGUCGUGUACUUGCUUGUAAUCAUGUUCUGGAAAUACUUUUGAAUUAUAUUCAAUUAGGAGAUUGGAAGAAAGCAUUCGAACAGAACAUACCGAAAAGAAAACAAGUUACAGAAGAGAUAGAUGCGAGUAGUAAUGGCGAUGAUGAUGAUGAUGUGCCGAAAACUGUCUCGCCAACUCAUCCGCAAGAUCCGAAACCUUGUGCUGAAAUUCAUGAAAGACGAGGAGAAGUUGAUGAAGGAGAAGAUCCACCGCAGCUUCCUUCAUGA